AUGUCCUCCGAGCGGGAGAGUGAGAGGCUUUGUCCGCAUCCGAAAAAAGUAAGCUCGUCAGUAUGGGAGCUUUUCGGCUUCAGAGAAAACAGCUCCUUCUUAGACAACCCAGUUUGCAGAAUCUGUCGGGCUGUGGUCAGUGCGAAGGGGGGCAACACCACCAACCUUUUUACCCACCUCCGUGUCCAUCACCCCGUGGAUUACGCCCUUUUACAGAGAGGAGCUUCAAAGAAGACUGAGAAACCCAGAGUCUCGGGUCAGCUGACACUUUUUGAGUCUGUGGAAAGGAAGAGGAAAGCAGACAUGGCUAGUGCAUCUGAGGACACAGCCAUCACUGAGUCACUAGCCUACUUCAUAGCAAAGGACAUGAUGCCCUUUAGAAUAGUAGAGAGAUUUGUUGAACAACAUGCUGCUGUGACAGCAACUCUCAUGGCUGACAGAAAUACCAGGCAUCUUGUGCUAAGGGGGUCAUACAUCUCUACACUUGAGGACACAUGUAAGGUGCUGAAGCCACUCAGAACCUUUACUGAUUCCCUGGCUGCAGAGACCUGUAUCACAAUCUCAUCCCUGAGGCCUGUCCUUCAGCAUCUGACUGAAUCCAUCCUGGCAGAAAUGGAUGAUGACAGCAGCCUUGUGAGGAGCAUGAAACAUGCAAUCUGCAAGAACUUACAAGAGCGGUAUGAGGAUUCUAAUAUGGCUAAUGUGAUUAACAUGGCCUGCGUACUUGACCCCCGCUUCAAGUUGAACUUCAUGGAAGAGGCAGAUUCAAUCAAAAGACAGCUAGAGCAGCAUCUCACGCAGGAGUCUUCUGACAAUGUAGGUAGCACUUCUACUCUCUCACAGGAGUCUUCUGCCAGAGGAGAAUGUGAAGAUGAGGGGACCAGUGUCUCUAUCCCUGAGGCCCCAAAAGGCUUGGCUGGUUUUCUCAAAAUGAUAACAAGGAAAAAACAGGAGAAGAGACAAUCAGCAGACAUGGUAAAAUCUACACCAGCAUUUCAAGAAGUUUCUGCAUACACAGCCUUGCCCACUAUUUCUGUGGAUAAAGACCCACUGCAGUGGUGGAAAGACAAUGAGGAGGAGUUUCCAAGGUUGGCAAAACUGGCACAGAAGAUCCUUUGCAUUCCCGCCACCAGUGUUGCAUCAGAAAGACUUUUCAGUUCUUCAGGAAACAUUCAGACAGUGUUUGGCUCCAGUUUGAAACCAGAGAAACUUAACAUGCUUGUCUUCCUUCACAAAAAUUUGCCAUAG